GUAGACACGGCGGUAUUCUAAACCAGCUUCUAGAAGAGUUUCAUUAUCGAGUUGCCCUCUAUGUGGAUUCAACCGGAGCUAGCAGGCGUACUCGGAUUCACAUGUACUCGAAUUCAGAUUACUGAAUCGAUGAUACGUGGGAAUCUGUUAGCUUACAUAUCUAUGAAUGGCCGAUUCACGGACAUGGGGGUAUCGUAUUUUAUCAUGGUGUUUCCAAUUGGGAGUAUGCGCUCAGGGCCAACUCCUGAUUGAGGACGAGAGAGACAGUAUAGAUAAAGUAUAAUACCAACCCACAGGCUUCUCCUAGAGUAAUGGGAGAAGGUUGCUUCGUUCAUAUCUUUCGAAAUAAACGUGGCAACGCAAGUCAAUCUCUACACGAUGCUCCCACCUACCACGAUAAUCUCAAGACCAGACCAACAUAGCAAACAGAAUGGACCAAGACUCAUGGACCACGAUGAGGCCACUCAAAGCAUGUCUUCUCUCGAAGCCGCGACAGCAACGCCGGAAAAGGGCUCCGUGAUGGAGGUCCAGUGUCAAGCUGUGGGACCAACAGCGGAGCUCCAAGACCAAACGCAACGUCUGCCAUUCCCACGGCUUAUAACCGCAUAUUUAUGUUUGGCUGGGAUAUAUUUCAUAUCGAUCCUCGAUAUCAACUCUGUAGCUACUGCCCUACCAUCGAUAUCGACUUCGUUACACGCCGGCAAUACUAUUACAUGGACCGGGACAGCUUACGUGAUGGGCCAAACGGCAUUUCAACCAUUAUACGGACGCCUAUCCGAUAUCUUCGGCCGCAAGGUGGUCCUGAUGGCCUGUAUAGGAUUCCUCAUCGUCGGAGACAUCCUCUGCGGAUUUGCUCAGAACGUUAUAUGGCUUUAUACAUGUCGUGCUCUGAGCGGCAUUGGCGGUGGUGGUAUUAGCUCGCUAGUACAGAUUACCGCUAGUGACUUGGUCAGCCUGAAGGAUCGCGGAAAAUAUCAAGGAAUACUGAGCUCUGCCAUAGGCUUGGGGGCGAGUACCGGUCCUUUCAUCGCGGCCGGUAUCAUGGCAAAUUCCAGAGACGGUUGGAGAUGGAUCUUUUGGGUCCCUCCAAUACUUGCUACUGCUUGUAUGGCCUUGAUGUGGGUAUUCUUACCCCUGAAACCUGUGACGGGUAGUUGGUCAGAAAAGAUACGGAAGAUAGAUUGGUUUGGACUAUUCACGGUAGUAACCGGUGUGCUAUUCCUUAUAAUACCCAUCAACUCGGGCGGAAGUACAUUCCCAUGGAAUGACGCCGUCAUCAUUUCGCUGUUGGUAUUAGGAGGCACAUUCAUCAUCCUCUUCUGUGUGGUCGAAAUUCGGAUUGCCAAACUCCCCAUGAUACCAGUGCGUUUAUUCAAUCAGGUAUCGACGAGUGUUAUCUACUUGCAAAGCGCUUUGUAUAAUGGAGUGUGGCAAAUAGACUUGUACUUCUUACCCAUGUAUUUUCAGGACGUCAGGGGGUAUAGCCCAUUGCAAAACGCGAUGCUAAUGCUGCCCCUACUUCUCACCCAGAGCAUUGCUGGAGUAGUGGCGGGUCAAAUUACGUCUAGGCUUGCUAGGCCUGGUCCUGUGAUAUACGGCGGGUUGGCGUUAUGGACGUUGGGCGCAGGCUUGAAAGUAAUCUUUUCGCAGACGACUCCUAUCGGCGUCUAUGUGAUAGCGUUGAUAAUCGAAGGUGCUGGUGUCGGAUUUAUUCUUCAACCAGCUCUCGUCGCUUUGCAAGCUUUAUCCAAAUCAGAGGAUCGCGCCGUAGCGACAUCGACACGAAACCUAAUGCGCAUGCUCGGGUCGGUUUUUAGCUUGGCAAUUGCAACUACGGUCCAAUACCAGUUCAUGAAGUCAGGAUUGUCUGACACCAUCCCGUCAGAUAUUCGGUCUCGCGUGAUUGAGGGGUUAUGGCGAAAGGGUGAACCUGAGUCGGAAAUGUGGGAAUCCCUGAUACUCGACGCCAAAUUUAGGGGUGUGCAUGCUGUGUUCGUUAUGAUGGUUCCAAUGAUGGCAGUAUGCCUCCUGGGCUGUUUAUUUAUCCCAAAUGUACGAUUAAAGGGAGAUCCAAAGGUAAAUGACGAGAAGGAAAAACGGGGACAAAAUUGA